AUGGCCAUGAAGGAGACCGUACUCCCUAUCAGUGAGGUUACCAGUCCGUACCCGGAGGUCGUGGAACUCAAUGUUGGCGGCCAGGUGUACGUCACCAAACGUUCCACCUUGAUCAGUGUACCUGACACCACCCUCUACACCAUGUUCACCCGCCACACCCCACAGGAACUUCCCCGCGACAACCGAGGACGCUUCUUCAUCGACCGCGAUGGUUUCUUGUUCCGAUACGUGCUGGACUUCCUUAGAGACCGCCAGCUAGUGCUACCAGAACACUUUCCAGAGCGGGAACGUCUACAGCGGGAAGCCGAACACUUCCAGUUGGGGGAGCUGCUUAGAAUUCUCGGCCCACGUGUCGCCAAACAAGGAUCACUUAACGAUGAGGGCUGCCAAAGUGAUAUCGAGGAAAGUUCCCAGAGUAGCGAGUUGGUGACUCGAAUGGGAAACAGCGCCACCAACUACGCGAUUUCCUCUUUCGCCCUAGAAAAGAGGUCAGGGUUUAUUACCAUUGGUUAUCGGGGAUCAUAUACGAUGGUUAGGGAUAACCAAACCGACACAAAGUUCCGUCGUGUGGCGCGGAUCAUGGUGUGUGGUCGUAUCGCUCUGGCGAAAGAGGUGUUCGGGGACACGUUGAAUGAAAGUCGAGAUCCGGACCGUCCGCCGGAGAAAUACACCUCACGCUUCUACCUAAAGUUUACCUACCUGGAGCAAGCAUUUGACAGGUUGAGCGAAGCUGGGUUCCAGAUGGUGGCCUGCAACUCGACUGGAACGGCCGCAUUUGUUAACCAGUACAGAGAUGACAAGAUCUGGAGUAGCUACACAGAGUACAUCUUCUUCAGGCCUGCCUGCAAGUCAACAUCCCCCAAACUGGAAUGCGAGGAGCCCAAGUCAGAGAAACUGCUGGAUAAGGCGAGCGAGAGCGGGGCCUCCCUGAACGAGCUCUCCACCUCCAGCUCCGAGACCCACUCCGAGGCCACUUCGCCCCAGGACGGGGGACCCAUCCUGGUGUCUUGUGGUGAGGUUGUUGGGGGCUCCCUGGCCCCGUGUGGUGCCCUGCACUCUGUCUCUCGACCUCCAAGCACACUCACUCUGGGCCGACCGCCAAAGAAAGGUUCCUCCGUGCAGUGGAUGGAGCUACCGGAUAAAAGGCGGAACAGCGAGCUUUUCCAGUCCCUCACCAGCGGGGUGGGACCACGGGAAGGUGGAGGCAGUGGUCUAACCAGAAGGAAGACUCUGGAGAGGCCUAGUGCAGAGGAGGAAAUUAAACAGUGCAUCCGAGAAUUUAAAAAGAUCAAGAUCCCCCCGGCAUUCCCAGAGCGCAAACGGCAGUGGCAGUCAGAACUACUUCAGAAAUAUGGCCUUUAA